CAGACCGCGCUUUUUCGGACUGACCUCCAUUGAACAUCGAGGAGGGCUCCACUUCCGCAGGAAGGCCGGUGAGACUCAGUUCCCUAUAAUACCGGUAUCCGAAGCCCUGCACAAUGCCUCGAGGGCAUAUGAAGUAUCGGCACUUGAGCCGAAAGUCGUCGCAUCGCGAAGCCCUCCUCCGCAAUCUCGUCACAUCUCUCUUCAAGUUCGAAUCGAUACAAACAACAUGGCAUAAGGCAAAGGAGGCGCAAAGACUGGCGGAGAAGGUUGUGACUCUCGCAAAGAAGAACACAGACGCUUCGAGACGGAGAGCACAUCAGAUUCUCUAUACCCCGGAUCAGUUGGUACCCAAAGUUUUCGAGAAGUUCGGCGCGCGGUAUGCGAAUCGUCCGGGUGGAUACACUCGGGUGCUCCGAAUCGAACCAAUAAAGGAGGAUCAAGCGCCGUCUGCCAUCCUCGAAAUGGUGGACGGACCCAAGGAUAUGCGGUUUGCGAUGACGGCGAAAACGCUAGCUUCAUUACCAGAGGAGAAGAAGAUGAACGAAAUCACGGCCAAGAACGUAAAAAAGGUGACGCAGUUCAGAGAGAACGGCAUGGAAGAGCUGCGCAAAGCAGUAGAAGAGAUGCGGGUUACGAAGGACGAAUAUAUUGGUGAUAUACCGGAGAAGAGGAAGGUCUAUCCUACAAUGUCCACUGAUAGGUCAAGGCGAUAUCCACCUGCCACAUCAUGAUUGUCAUUGGUACACUGCUGUACACCACUUGUAUAAUAAAGAGCAAAGAAGGCUUGAAAUGUUUGGGCGCGUCGUGGAAACAAUGAUGGACGGUUAUUCUGCUCAAUAUUAGUGCUGGAUCCAUCGGGAUGUCCCGCAUCACCAAUCGACUGACGAGAACUGUUCAGUAGAUGGGUAUGGUUUCAGUCCUCGAGAAGCCGUUCUACGUCAUAAUCUUCCAUACCAGCCAGGAAGCAGUCGGCCUUAGAAUGAGAAUGAACGGUUUCUUGUUACAAAGCUGGCUCCGAAACCAGUCACUCUAUUCUGUAGCGCAUGCCGCAAUACUAUGAACUACGUUACUCUUGCGAAGCAUCACGUAGAAUAGUCGAGACCUUCUUGCGAG